CUUCCCGUAACCAUUCAUUUUUUUCCUCACGUACGGGAGGGUAACUUUAUUUCAAGGAAAGAGGCUGUCUGGACGUAAUGAAACGUGGAUGAAAUAUGAGGAGAGAAAUUGCAGCUGUGGUAUUCUUCCUGAAGAGGCUUGUGAAAAAGGGGGAGAAGUCGGAGCCGCACAAGGUCGAGCUGUUUGUUGAGAGGCUGGCUGUGGCGCUGCAGGAGAAGUUCAAGGGCCACUGGUAUCCUGACACCCCCAGCAAAGGACAAGCUUACAGGUGCAUCAGAGUGAACAGGUUCCACAGGCAGGAUCCAGAGCUCCUUCGGGCCUGCCAGGAGAGCGGACUACAGUACAGUGACUUGGGACUGCCACGUGAACUCACAUUGUGGGUGGACCCUGGGGAGGUGUGUUGCAGGUAUGGAGAGACAAAUCCUUGUUUCUCAGUUGCCAGUUUCUCUCACGACAAUGAGGAGGAUAAAGAUGUUGCGAAGAAGGUGACCAGUGCUUUGGAGAGGGUGACGUCAGACUACCACUCAGGUUCUUCCUCUGAUGAGGAGAGCAUACGUACUUCGCCCCUCACUAUCACCAACAGCCGCCGUGCUUACCAGGCAAUGAAUCCAGCUGCUCCUACGUGGCAUCCAAAGAAGAUGGUACCAGGGACAGGUCACAUCCUUCCACGGCCUCACUACAGCUUCAGGCCUCGCAGCAGAGCCCCUCAGCCUUCAAGGCAUAAUCUCUGGGUCCCUCCUGGCUAUAGAGGAGGGCCUGGAUACUGGGACACAAACCAAAAUCUGCCAUAUUGUUGAAGUUAGGGAUCUUGGUGCUUAUUGACACUGGAUUAAAACUGAAGACAUACCAGUGUUGUUUUUUUAAACAUGAAUUUUAAUCUUAUAUAUUGAUAUUUUUUUCAUUUUGACAAGUCUUUUUUGCACUUUAGACCAUUUGUUAUAGUUUAAAUAAAUCACUUGUAUUAAAUUAGAUAUUGAAAUUGGAAUACUACACAUGUCUUGAAGUACUGUAUUUUUACAAUGGGAGAUUUCAUGUAUGCCACCUACUGUCCUUUGUGAGAAAAUGUUUUAUUUAUUCAUAGUGUAGAAUUGUCAGAUGUAUAGGCUUAAAUUUAUGGAGUUUUAUUAAACACAAUUUCCAAGCAU